AUGUCUGUCUCAACAAUCCUAGUCUGUCUGCUGCUCACUCUACACUGUCUUGAAGGCAAGAAACACAAAGGACACAGACUUGUGAGUGAUGUGACUCGGAGUGAGGUCCUCAGUUUCAGAGAGCCAUACGUCCCCAGUGCUGUGUUCAGGCUCUUUCUCCAAGGUGAGGACACCUGCACCCUGGAGUUGGCCCAGCUGCACACUCUGACCUCCUGUGGUUUCAACAGCAGUAAUCCCCUCAUCAUCAUCACUCACGGGUGGUCGGUUGACGGUAUGAUGGAGAGCUGGGUUCUGAGGUUGGCUACCACAAUGAAAAAAUAUAUCAGAGACGUGAAUGUGGUGAUUACAGACUGGCUGACACUGGCUCAUCAGCACUACCCCAUUGCAGUCCAGAGCACCCGCACUAUAGGAAAGGAUAUUGCUUAUUUUCUUAUGUCACUCAAGAAUUCUUACCAGUUUCCUGUCAAAAACGCACAUUUGAUUGGCUAUAGUCUUGGAGCCCACAUCUCUGGAUUUGCAGGAAGUUAUAUGGAUCCUUCUGAAAAGAUUGGGAGAAUAACAGGACUGGAUCCAGCUGGACCCCUUUUCGAAGGUAUGUCCCCCACAGACAGACUGUCCCCUGAUGAUGCUGAGUUUGUGGACGCUAUUCACACUUUUACUCGUGAGCGGAUGGGACUCAGUGUCGGCAUCAAACAAGCAGUGGCACAUUUUGAUUUUUAUCCAAACGGAGGAGACUUCCAGCCGGGAUGCGACCUACACAACAUCUAUGAACACAUCUCUGAGUAUGGCUUACAUGGUAUCCAGCAGACAAUGAAAUGUGCCCAUGAGAGAUCAGUCCAUCUGUUCAUAGACUCGGUGUUGAAUGAGGAUAAGCAGAGUAUGGCCUACAGGUGCAGUGACAACAGUGCAUUUGACAAAGGCGUGUGUUUGGACUGCCGUAAGAACCGCUGCAACACACUGGGCUACAACAUCAAGAAAGUCCGCACUGGCACCAGCAAGAAGCUCUACCUCAAGACACGCUCUCGGAUGCCAUACAAACUCUUCCACUAUCAGUUCAGGGUCCAGUUCAUAAACCAAACGGAAAAAAUGGAGCCUUCUCUUGUCAUUUCUCUUACUGGGACCAAAGACGAUAGUGGAGACAUCCCUAUCACAUUCACUGAAAACAUUUCAGGCAAUAGGACAUUUACCUUUCUGAUUGCCCUGGACAAAGACCUGGGAGAUCUGAUGCUUCUAAAGAUUCACUGGGAGGGCCCCGCUCUCUGGAAGAACAUGUGGAACCGCAUGCAGACCAUCAUCCCCUGGGGCGGCAAGGGCAGCAAACCCGUGCUCACAAUGGGGAGGAUUAGUGUCAAAGCUGGGGAGACACAAGACAGAACCUCUUUUUGUGCUUUGACCGACGAAGAUCAGCACGUGCAAGUGUCCCAGGACAAGGUGUUCGUGCGCUGCAAAGAGGAGACCAUCAAAGAACGCCGGAAAAAGCACAGGGAUAUUUGA